AUUUUCUUAAUUUGACUCAAAUCAAGAGUAGAGGCAGAGAAAAAGAGCAAAGUUCUCUACGUUUGUUUCAUCUAGUUCCAGUUCGAUUGUUGUCCCAUCCUUGCUCUGUCAGCCAUUGGUGUAAAUAUACCCUAAAGAUGGAUGUCGGAGCAAAGUUGAAGGGGUGGCUGUCGUUUUUUACAGAGCCUACUGCGAAAAGACUCAUGCUCAUAGCCAACAUCGGUGGUGUGGGGUACUACUGGGUGGUCUCCCUCCUUGUUUUCUACGUCAACCUUUUCGUUAUCAUCCCAAGUAUACUCUCUGAAAACCUCGGGUGGAUGCGUUUCCAAUGGUGGUUCUUCGUCGUUGCUUAUUUCAAUAUGAUGCUGAACUACCUCAUUUGCCUGUCAAAGAAAUCUCACUACACAUCUACAGAGGGGAUCGUUACGGAGGAAGCCUCUUCGAAGGGUUGGGGAUACUGCGUGCCGUGCCAGCAGUACAGCCCACCGAGAACCCAUCACUGCUCGGUCUGCAAGCAUUGCAUCCUGAAACGAGACCAGCAUUGCUUCUUUCUCGGAGCGUGCAUCGGUCAUUUCAACCAACGAUACUUCCUUGUGUUUCUCUUCUACGCGUCUAUAUCAGCCCUCCAUGCUGCAGUGUGUUUCUUCACAUAUCUUAACCAGUACUUUGCAACAUUUCUCUCCCUGGACUUUUACUGUUAUUUCUUUCCCAUCGCCACAACCAAGUGGGUGUUUGGAUACACCCCAUCGCAUCUUUUCGGUCUACUAGCCCUCUUCUACAUGUGUUUGACGCUGGGAUUCGGCUGCGUUGGGUUCUUUACUCUUCAUUUCCAGCGCGCUCUUCAUUGCCAGACCUCGUACGAGUUUUCGCACAGAGUGACAACCUACAGUCGAGGCCCUCAGAGGAAUUUGCAAGAAGUCUUUGGGAGCUAUUGGUGGCUGACGUUUCUCGUUCCUAUUCCGCAGAAGCAGACUAGUGACGGAAUCGUUUGGAACAAACCCAAAGAAUUGAAAGGAUAUUAGCAUAUAAAACCAAUUGAUACAGAUUAUUAGGCAUGUCAUGCUUCGUUUUGGAAAGGGCAAGGGCACCAAGGCAUUCAAUUUUCUCCUUGGUAAAGGGCACUAUAGAAAUCUUGUACAUUUCUGCUGCAAAACAUUUCAAGGGCACCAAGGCAUGGACCAGGCAUGGAGACAAUUGCCUUCAUUGCUUCUAUGAAGUAUCAGGCCUGGAUUAUAUAGAUGCAUCAACCUAUUAAGACCAACCAAUUUUGAGUUGAUUUUCUCUGAACAAAUUUUAAACAGAUGAUAAAACUUCAACCCCCCUCACAAAAACAACAACAACAACACCAUUAACAUACUUUUGCUGACAAUACAUGUAACUCAUUUGCAUCUUUUAGCUAAUUGUUGCAGUGUUUUGUUUUCAAGUUUUCAAAUGAACAUUUAAAUCUUCAAAAAGUAGUGUGCCAUAACUGCAGUAGGUAUCAUUAAACAGUCCCCCUUUAGAG